GCGCCACAAAACGCGAUUGUUAUCUGAUCUAGAUCGGGUUUUCCAACUCAAUCUCUACCCUAUCUGAAUGCUAAGCUCUGUUUUGGAGACUUAAAAUCUACUCUUUUCUAUUCAUCGCCCGGAGAAUAUGUCGCAAGCCGGAUCAGACGGCGUCAAGACUUCGUGGGGGUGGUUUGCUAAGGAGAAGCCGCGCAGGUCGAGCUUCUGCCCUCCCUCGACCCCUUCGCUCUUUCCACCAAAGGAGCGACUCGUCUCAGGAUGCCAAUGCUGUGGAACAGUGGUUAGCUACCCCUUUGAUGCCCACAAAUACCGGUGUUUGUCGUGCGAGACCACCAACCGGGUCCAGGCGGAACCAGAACUAUCCCCAAGCCAUCCGGAGAUUAUUUCGUACGCCCUACUACAGCGCUGCAUCGAGGAGUGCACCCAGAAGCUCGGUGAAACCCCUGCUGAAACCUUCAAGCCAUUAGAGGCGUUUGUUACCCGCCAGUUUGCGUCCUAUCGACAUAUCCACGACUCCUUUAGACAGACCCAAGGAAAGAUCCACCACCACGACCCAAAUAUUAUGCGGAUGGAGGUCCGCCAGUAUUUUCACCUUUUGACUCGUUUGCCUACCCGUAGACCGUUGCUCAAGGCUUUGACUGCGGUCUUGGAGCUCUUGAAACGCCCUCCGCAUCUCCAGGACACCCAGUAUCUCCGCUGCCUCUUGGUCUUUAUGGAGAUCCCCUUCCUCGCACACGGUCUCAUCCACAGCGACUUCCACGGCCGAAAACCGGUGUCGAUGUUGGACACCAUUGACGUCCGGUCGCUCUCAUACGAUAUCGCCAAACGGGUCUUUGGCUUGCUCGCGCAUGUGAACGAAGGCCUUUUGCGGUAUCUCGUGCCCUGGCUCCGAAACACCCCCGACACGGCGUUUUUGAAGACCGUGGAGUUGGUCAACUUGUAUCUCACAUUUCAGCUCAACCGCCAGCUCCUGAAGGUCGUGGUCAACCCCACCAAAGAGCGAAGCGAGUACGCAGAGUACUCUGCUGCCAAGUCUGAAGCCCGGCCCAACUCGCUGUCCAUAGCUCUUCCCCUCGCGUUUGGAUUGUUUCCGAAGAAACCGAAAGAUGAUGCCAGGCGGUUGAAGCUUUCGCACUAUACCAAUGACUGGCGCGUGGCCACAGCCGCGAAGGUGCUUAUGUUCCUUUUCAUGGCUAAUGGUACCAAGGCCCUCAAGUGCAACAGCUCCAUUUUCUACAAUUCCCUCGUGGAUUACGUGAACUUGAAGCAGGAUUUUGACGGCUGGCAGCAAUGCCGGCGCAAUCGCUCUGUAUCCAUCAACAACAACCUCAACAUCAGCGUCCCAGUGGUGUCCGAUGUUGAGUCAGUCAUGAGCUAUCUCCAUUCGUCGAUUUGUGGGGGCCUGGCGGUCACCGCUACUCGAACCAACUUUGCGUUCUGCCAGUUUCCGUUUUUGAUCUCCCUCGGGGGAAAAAUAUCCAUUUUGGAGUACGAGGCGCGGCGGACGAUGGAGCAAAAGGCCGAGGAGGCGUUUAUCAACUCGUUAGACAAGAAAAUGGUAUUUGACGUGCACUUCCGAGUCAGGGUGCGACGGACCCACAUUGUGCCCGACUCCUUGCGGUGCAUCCAGGAUAACCGAGCAAACUUCAAAAAGGGGCUCCGGAUCGAGUUUGUGGGGGAGCCGGGAAUCGACGUGGGAGGCUUGCGGAAGGAGUGGUUUCUCUUGUUAAGCCGAGACCUAUUUAACGCCGAUAACGGCAUGUUCACCAUGAGCCAGGAGUCUAAUUUGUUGUGGUUCAGCUUGGCACCGCUCGAGAACGACGAAAUGUACUACUUAUUCGGGGUGGUUCUCGGUCUAGCGAUCUACAAUUCCACUAUUCUCGACCUUUCGGUGUUUCCGUUUGCGCUUUUCAGGGCUUUGCUAGGGAAACCUUUGGACUUGGAAGAUUACUCCGAGUUGUACCCGGAAACAGCCAAUGGUCUCAGACACCUCUUGUCCUACGACGGAAACGUAGAGGACCUCUCCCUCACGUUUGAGGCCACCUACAGAGAUGUUUUCGGAAGCGUGCAGACGAGAGAAUUGGUACCAAAGGGGGGCGACAUUUCGGUAACGAGCGAGAAUCGAGUGGAAUACGUUGAUAGAUACGUGGAUUUUUUCCUCAUGCAGGGAUUGCUUGAGCAGUUUAGACCGUUUAAGAAGGGUUUUGACAACGUGACGGGGGGCAAUGCGUUGUCGCUAUUUACCGCCCACGAGAUCCAGCUCCUACUCUGCGGCAGCAGCGAGGGAAGCCUCGAUGUGAAGAUAUUGCGGUCGGUCUCGAAGUACGCAGGCUGGGGUUCGGUGGAGCGGGCAGAGGAGGCAAACAUCGUUGUGUGGUUCUGGGACUACUUUGAAGAGAUGCCCUACAGGGAGCAGAAGCUAUUGCUCCGAUUUGUCACCGGGUCGGAUCGCGUGCCGGCCACGGGAGUACACACCAUGAAUUUCAAGGUGGUGAAGUUAUCAGGGCAUCAUGAACGGCUUCCCAUCGCACACACCUGUUUCAACGAGUUAUGUUUGUAUGAGUAUCGGUCGAAGGAGGUGCUUCAGCAGAAAUUAAGCGUGGCUAUCAAUGAGAGCUCCGGGUUUGGGUUGAGGUAGAAAAGAAGCGCUUACAUGUUGAAUUUAGCCUCAUAGUGAAUAAGCAGCGAAACUGCAAAGCUGUGGAUGAGCUGUGGAGAGUUGGCACAGAGGUUCUCAACCUGGUUAGGAUUUUAUAGAUAUGGAUUAUGAUAAAUGGCGAUACAGAACUUGGGUUGUAGUACCAGCAGGCCCGGGAUCGGCAGAUCGUACUGGCUUGAAAUUACUCCGACAUAAUCAAAUAACUCGUCACACUUGAGGAUAUCAUAUUGACUGAUGGAUAUUGCUACCGUAGUCUACCCUGGGCCAUCCCCUCCAAAUCUCCAGAAAUAAUGCUAAGCUACUAUUUCCCCAAGAAUCCAGAGCAUUUUCGAUCAGAAUUCCAUCUUGUGUGGAUUAGCCCUGAAUAGGGCGUAAUCGAGCUGCCAAAUGGCACCUCACAACCUGCACAUGGAACACACCACUCAGACCCCUCACACAGCCAGAUAAAAAGCCCCCC